CUCCACUUCCAGCUUGUUGCUGUGGACAGCGAGCAGGAGCUCCGUUCCGGUGAGCGGCUGGAACUCCGGCCACACACGGAAUGUUUCAAAAUGGUGCUGGAACAGACAGAGGUGGAGAUAACCGGAGUAGUCACCAAAAUCAGUACCAAGAGGAAGACAGCUCUACCUUUUACAGCAUACAGAUGAAGGCCAGAGGAAUCAGUUCAUCUCUGAUCUCAGCUAAACCCAUGGCUACCAAGGUAUCUGUUGACUUGGACAGUGAUUUCAGAGGUUCUGGAUCAUCUCACAUUCAAAAUUCCACUCUAAAACAGCAGAGUGCCAGUGAAAAUACAAGCAAAUGUUUUCGACAGGACAGACCAUCAGUACUACGCAAAGGCAACCAGCCAUUCCCACAAGCUACUGCAUUUGGUGUUCAUGACUGGGUUGUGGACACUGUGUGUAAGACAGAACCUGGCAGUGACCUGUCAGACCCUGUGCCACUUUACAACAGCCAGUCUGAAAGCAGACUCGGUGCCUCUAUGUCAAGCCCUCAGCCUGGCAGCACAGAGCAUACUGGGAAACAUGCAUAUAGUGUUCCAGGUGGCUUUCUGUGUGUUAAAGGACAAUGCAGAUGGCCUGGGUGCUCAAAGAGCAGAGAAGUGUUCAAAGAAUAUGGACAUUUCUUAAAACACCUUUCUACUGACCAUGCUCCUGGGGACAGAAGUAUAGCCCAGCUGAGGAUGCAGAAAGACAAAGUACAAUACAUGGAGAAUCAGUUGACUGCAGAGAGACAGAAACUGCAGGCUAUGCAGCUACACCUGUUUGAUGUCAAAUCUACCUCUGAGGAUGGUAAUGGCGUGGAGAACCCGGGACAUCUGCCAGGACUCCUGCAACCUGCAGCAUUUCAGAACGCAAAUGGUGUUUAUGACAGUGAGAGAGCAGCAGCUGAAGCGUUAACACAAGGAUUCUGGCAGAUCUCUACCUCACAAGUUAUACCAGGGAUUAUCCCCAGUUUUGAGUAUUAUAAGUUCACAAACAUUAGGCCACCUUUCACCUAUGCCUCCAUAAUACGAUGGGCGAUCCUGGAGUCCCCUGAGAAGCAGCUUACUCUGAAUGAAAUCUAUCAUUGGUUUACCCGCAUGUUUUUCUACUUUCGUCACAACACUGCCACAUGGAAGAACGCUGUUCGGCAUAACCUCAGUCUUCAUAAGUGCUUUGUGCGCGUUGAAGGCAGGAAAGGUUCUGUUUGGACUGUGGAUGAAGAGGAAUUUCUAAGAAGAAAAGGACAAAAGUUUCACAGGGACCAGGAUAUGGGCUUGAUGACACCUUUUCACCUGUUUCCUGUGACUCCACAAAGUGAAACUUAUCAGAAGUAAGGCUCAAAUGGACUCUCAUUAAGAGAUUGCAACAACAUUUCAA